CACUUGUUAAAACGCUUCAGAACUUGUCAUAUAACACGUACACACUUCCACAUAUUCCUUUACCCUUUUCACUUUCUCACAAAAUUAGCUCAAACCCAUGUCUGAAUUUUAAGUUAUAUCGAUCAAAAUUGAAUCUUUAAGUUGACCCUUUUUGGUUUGAUUGAUUUUCUCAUCUGGGUCAGUUUUAUUUAGUCAGUAAAUCUCAUAAAGUUUAGAUUUUUAAUACUGGGUUUUGAUUAAAAAGCCCAAAAGAUUUGGUUUUGUGAUCUGGGUCAGUUUUAUUUCUAGUCAAAUUAAGAUGAAAGAAAUAGGGCUUAAAAUAAAUGUAAUUAUAUGUGUUGUGUUUAUGUUUGGAUCAUGUUUUGGAAGAUUUGUUGUUGAAAAAAAUAGUUUGAGAGUGACAUCACCUGAUAAUUUAAAAGAUACAUAUGAAUGUGCAAUUGGUAAUUUUGGUGUUCCUCAAUAUGGUGGAACAUUAACCGGUUUCGUUAAGUAUCCGAAAUCAAAUACAAAGGCAUGCCAAACGUUUGAUGAGUCUUUGAAAUCAGAACAUGCUGGUGGUCUUCCAACUUUUGCACUACUCGACCGUGGUGAUUGUUAUUUCACAUUAAAGGCAUGGAAUGCACAGAAAGCUGGAGCUGCUGCUAUUCUUGUUGCAGAUGACAGACCCGAGCCAUUGAUCACCAUGGAUAUGCCUGAAGAGGAAAACGCACAUGCAGAUUACUUGCAAAACAUAAGCAUCCCUUCGGCUCUCAUCACCAAGUCUCUCGGGGACUCAAUAAAGAAAGCUUUGGCCAAGGGUGAUAUGGUAAAUAUAAAACUCGAUUGGACAGAAGCUCUCCCUCACCCUGACGAGCGUGUAGAGUAUGAGUUUUGGACGAAUAGCAAUGAUGAGUGUGGGACCAAGUGUGAUAGUCAAAUAAAUUUUGUCAAGGACUUCAAAGGAGCUGCUCAAAUACUUGAAAAAAAAGGAUACACGCAAUUUACACCACAUUAUAUCACAUGGUAUUGCCCUGAGGCUUUCACAUUGAGUAAACAGUGCAAGUCUCAAUGUAUUAACCAUGGAAGAUAUUGUGCUCCAGACCCUGAGCAAGAUUUUACUAAAGGGUAUGAUGGGAAGGAUGUGGUUGUUCAAAAUUUAAGACAGGCUUGCUUCUAUAAAGUGACGAAUGAAACCGGAAAGCCUUGGCUUUGGUGGGAUUACGUGACAGACUUUUCUAUCCGAUGCCCAAUGAAAGACAAAAAGUACAACAAAGAGUGUGCGGAUGAAGUUAUUAAGUCACUUGGUGUUGAUCUGAAGAAAAUAGAUGAAUGUGUUGGUGAUACAGAAGCAGACGUAGAUAAUGCUGUCCUCAAGACUGAGCAAGAAGCACAGAUAGGAAAAGGUAAACGCGGGGAUGUUACAAUACUGCCUACUCUUGUGAUAAACAACAGACAAUAUAGGGGUAAGCUGGCAAAACAAGCAGUUUUGAAGGCCAUUUGCUCAGGAUUUGAGGAGACCACUGAGCCAGCUAUAUGUUUAAGCGAUGAAAUACAAACAAAUGAGUGCCUAGAUAACAAUGGUGGCUGCUGGAUGGACAAAGCUGCUAAUAUAACUGCAUGCAGGGAUACUUUCCGAGGGAAAGUUUGUGAAUGCCCAAUUGUGCAGGGUGUAAAAUUUGUUGGUGACGGCUAUAAACACUGUGAAGCUUCUGGAGCACUGCGUUGUGAAGUUAACAAUGGAGGCUGUUGGAAAGGUACCCAGCAGGGCAGGACCUAUUCUGCAUGUAUUGAUGACCACACAAGAGGUUGCAAGUGUCCACCAGGAUUCAAAGGCGAUGGGGUCAAUAGUUGUGAAGAUGUUGAUGAAUGCAACGAGAAGACGGCAUGCCAGUGUCCAGAGUGCAAAUGCAAGAAUACAUGGGGUAGUUACGAGUGUAGCUGCAGUGGCAACCUACUCUACAUGAAAGAACAUGACACGUGUAUAAGCAAAAGUGGUAAAUCGGAAGUCAGUUGGGGAUUCGUAUGGGUCAUUAUUCUUGGUUUGGCAGCUGCUGGAGCCGCAGGAUAUGCAUUCUAUAAGUACAGGGUCCGGACAUACAUGGAUUCUGAGAUCCGGGCUAUCAUGGCACAAUACAUGCCGUUGGACAACCAGGGGGAAGUUGAAGUUCAUGCGACUCAUGGAAGUGUGUAAAAGAAGGCAUGUGCAAUAAGAUACAAACUGAGAGAGCAGGUUUAAAGAUCCACAGCCAAUGUUUAUUUAAAUCAAAGGUUGUGAAAUUUAGUUGCAACUUUUGGACAUGCUUUUGUCUAUGUAUAUGUCAAAGUUUUCUUGAUGCUCAUGAACUUCUAAGGUUGCACAAGUCGAGUAAAGAUAUUUGUGAUCAACGUUCUUUAUUUAUGUUAGCAUAAUAGAAUAAAGCUGUUCUAAUCUUUGUGGAUAAUGUGACAAACUUUGAAACCAUUGUGCGAUUGAUCAACGGAAAGACAAAGUUUGUGUGGA